AUGUCCCUAAAACCACCGCCUCUGCGCCCACACCCGCAACAUGACGAACCAUACGAUCACGCCCACGACCCCGACUACGAGCUCACCAUCCGCUUCUCAGCCUCGCUGCCAGACCUGCUCCUCUCCGUGCCGGCCUCUCUGAACGCCAACGCCGCGACACUGAAACAGCUCAUCCGCUCGCGCAUCCCAGACCGGUACGCGAAACAUCGCAUCCGCCUGAUCCAUGCGGGGAAGGCUCUCGCGGACGACGUGCCCUUGAGCACGACUCUGAAAAGAAAUGUCUCGAGGCCACCCAGUCGGAUCAGCACGCCCGGACCGUACGAUGAGAGGAACAACGGGUCUACAAAUGCUACUAGAGGAGGACCCGACGGUGGUGAUCACAAAGGCAAACAACCGCUCCGAGAUCCCCCCUCGGCGACCCAUCAGCCCAGAAUCUACAUCCACUGCUCGAUAGGCGACAUUGUGCUCUCGGGCAAGGAACUCGCGGACGAAGCGGCGGCGGCGGCGGCAGCGGUUCAGGUGACAGGGGAUGGAAAUGGAACUGCCACUGGCGACGAGCCCAAAGCGAAACAGUCAGUGACAACGACGCCCGCGCCGCGCGGCUUCGACAGGCUUCUCAACGCGGGGUUUAGCGCCGCAGAGGUGCAGUCGCUACGUCUCCAGUUCCUCGCCAUCCAAGCGCACACGCACACGCCGGACACAAUGCCGAGUCCCAACACCCUCCGCGACAUGGAGGACCGGUGGCUCGACGAUUCGACGGGCGCUACGGGCGAUCUGGACGGCACCACGGCUGGCGGUGGGAUGGGCGCUAGUGACGACGACAUGCAGGCCGGGGCGCUGGACGAUAUGAUCUGGGGCACGGCCAUGGGGUUCUUCUGGCCGGUCGGGUGUCUGAUGUGGGGGGUCAGGGAGGAGGGGAUAUGGAGCCAACGGCGCAAGAUGGCUGUCGUUGUGGGGUUUCUGUUGAAUAUUGGGCUGGGGCUUAUACGGUAUGGAGGGUGA